GGAAAGAGGCGGGAAAAGCGGUUCGAGGAGUCCAGUUCGCGAAGUUAUUCCAGAUUUUUGUUACCACAUAUUUUUAACCUUAUUAACAGCAAUAUUGGCGUCGGGCUCCUUGCAAUGCCAUUUUGUUUUCACGAAUGCGGGAUUGUAUUAAUGAUCAUAACUCUUUUGCUCAUGACUAUAGCAACAUAUUAUUCUUGCUUACUGAUAAUCAAUUCAACUACCUAUUUUCGAUGCGACUCCCUCGAGCGCGCAGGUUUGUACUAUUUGAUUCCUGAUAAUGAGCUUUUUAGCAUACAAGUCUCACGGCACCAUCGGGAAACGAUUGGUUGA